AUCAACUAUAACUUAUUUACAUCAGUGAAUUUGUGCCAGUUAAACGUCUUACCGAUACCCUAUUUAAAAGUGAUAAAACAGUGAAGGUCAUACUGUGCUUAUUAAAAGUUAAAUAUUUGAGUUAAAAUGGUUCAAACUAAAAAAGUUCUUGCCAUCUACACAGGGGGAACAUUUGGAAUGUUGAAAAAUGAAAAAGGAGUGCUGGUACCACAAAAAAACAUAGAACAAGUCAUUCGUAAGUUGCCACAGCUGCAUGACGAUGAAUAUUGGAAGCAGCAUCUGGCAGGGACAGAUAUGAAGGAGUACCUAGCUUUGCCUGAUGGAAAGGAUACAGAACUGAAAGUGUUAUACAAAAUUCACGAGUAUGAUGAACUCAAGGACUCUUCAGACUUCACUCUUGACGAUUGGAUAAAAAUGGCACGUGACGUUAAGAGGUUCUACCAUGACUACGAUGGAUUCGUGCUCCUCCACGGCACAGACACAACAGCUUAUGGCGGUUCCGUCUUAUCCUUCAUGCUGGAGACAGUAGGCAAAACUGUAGUACUCACAGGAGCACAGGUGCCGAUCUUCCAACCCAGAAGCGACGGUAACAACAAUUUCCUCUGUGCACUACUGAUAGCCGCCACCCAACGCAUUCCAGAGGUCACAGUAUUCUUCGGAGCGAAGUUGUUCAGAGGCACAAGAGUAAAGAAGGUCUCCAACACUAGAAUCUAUGCGUUCGACUCGCCAAACUUCCCACCGCUACUCGAAGCGAAAACUACUUUAGAAGUGGACCCUAAAAUGUUGAUCCAUCCAGUGGGCUCUGUCCCAAAUGUGUGCAGAGUGCAUGACAAGCUCUCAACAAAAGUAUACGUGUUGAAAGUAGCUCCCACAAUCACUCCAGAGAUCAUCAGGGCAGCUUGCGAGGGAAUGGAAGGUUUAGUUUUAGAAACUUACGGAAACGGAAACAUUCCAAUCAAGAGGAAAGAGAUAUACAAGGAAAUCGAGAGGGCCGUGAAGAACAAGAUACUCGUUGUGAAUGUCACACAGUGCAUCAACGGGACCGUUUUAGGCAAACCGUUGUACGAGACGGGCCUGUUGUUAUUGGAAUGCGGUGUGGUACCUGCAUUCGACAUGACCUCAGAGGCGACGUGGGCGAAAUUGUCAUAUGUGCUUAGCAAGACUGAACUCAGCUACGAACAGAAAGUGGAGCUUAUGAAGACCAACAUACGCGGAGAACUGUAUAAUCCGAAUCACGACAAGAAUUAGAUAGUACUUUUUAGUUUUAACUAAUAUAAUAAUUGAG